GGAGGGGGCGGGCCGCCAUGGCGGUGGACAUCACCCUGCUCUUCAAGGCCAGCGUGAAGACGGUGAAGACCCGCAACAAGGCGCUGGGGGUGGCGGCGGCGGCGGGGGACAGCGCCAGGGACGAGCUGCUCAAGCGGAGCGCCGCCCGCUCCAAGAGCGACUUCACCGGCCGGGCGCGGGAGGUGAUUUCUCAUAUUGGAAAGCUGAAAGAUUUUCUUCUGCAGCACAGAAAGGAUUACAUUAAUGCUUACAGCCAUAUUAUGUCUGAGUAUGUGAGGAUGACAGAUACAGAGCGUGAUCAGAUAGAUCAAGAUGCUCAGAUAUUUAUGAGGACAUGUGCCGAUGCCAUUCAUCAGCUGAGAACAGAAGCACACAAGGGUGUCCAGUCUGCUCAGGUAAAGGAGCACAGAACAGCUGUCUUGGACUUCAUUGAAGAUUACUUAAAAAGAGUGUGUAAGCUGUAUUCUGAACAAAGAGCCAUACGAGUUAAGCGAGUGAUAGAUAAGAAGAGACUGUCCAGACUUGAGCCUGAGCAGAGCAAUGUGUCCAAAUCGCCUCUUUCCCCUGAAAAAUCUUCACAGAAUCCUUUAGAUGAUUCUGAAGAAAAACUUUCUGCUGAGGAAAGCAAAGACAGGAAUCUGCCUGAUGCCCAAAGUAACCUUGGAUUAUGGGGGGACGGCAAAGGUGAAGAUGAGCUGUCACCUGAAGAAAUACAGAUGUUUGAACAGGAGAACCAGAGACUUGUGGGUGAAAUGAAUAACCUCUUUGAUGAAGUCAGACAAAUUGAAGGAAAAGUGGUGGAAAUCUCCAGAUUACAAGAGAUAUUCACUGAAAAAGUCUUGCAACAGGAAACUGAUAUUGACAAUAUCCAUCAAUUAGUUGUGGGUGCAACAGAGAAUAUCAAAGAAGGCAACGAAGACAUACGAGAGGCCAUCAAAAACAAUGCUGGAUUUAGAGUAUGGAUCCUAUUCUUCCUUGUGAUGUGUUCAUUUUCCUUGCUUUUCCUGGACUGGUAUGAUAAUUAAAAAUAUAAUAUUGUCUACAUGCUUUGUUUGUAAAACUUUUUGACAUUUUUUUCAAUGGAGCAGGGUAUAUAUGGCAUACCUGUGUCUUUUAUGCAUUUUUUUCAUACUGCUAUGAUGGAAAUGUUUUCCAGUAAAUAAGCAUGUGUAUAUAUCCAUUAGUGCAGAGGGAGCAGAUAGGAUUCAUUUUAAAUCCCUUUAUCGAGCAUAAACCCACACUUAAUCCUGCAAAUAACAUAGAAACCUUUGAAAGAGCUACUAAGAAAGCUACAAGCUGGAGCAGAGCUAACAGAAGAAAAAAAACGAUAAUGGUUUUAUCAUAGUCACCCACACAUCUGUCAUGUUUAAAGUCCAGCUCCCAGUGUGCAGACCAGAUCAAGAGAAAACUGUUCCUGUGCAAAAGCAUCUACACUCUCUCAGGCUUUUAUUUAAUCAUACCACUUCAGUACAUAGUGAUCACUUUGCACAUGUAUGACCUCUACUUCUAAUCCUUUGGAACUACUCGAGUCAGAGAUCAGGUUGAUUUAAUAGUAAUAAUAAUAAAUCAGCUAGAGAGCUUUACUUCUAGGUGAAAAGAGAGAAUACAACACAAACAGAUUCUGCAGUGAAACAGAUGUUCUGGGAUGUUGGAACAAGGCCAAAGGAUAGACAAUAUUUAAGCUAAACUCUUCAAAGUACUAAAAUUGGGAGCAAUUUGUUAACUAAAAAAGGUCUCAAAACCAACUGUAGAUAAGAAUCAAUAAACCCCCUCCUGUUAAAUUGGAAGAAAAAAUGGUUUUGACUUCAAGAAGCAUAAGCAAUCUGUUUUUCCUAGAUUGUAAAGCUUAGUAUUUUUUAAUGUUUAUUGUUAUGAGAGAGAGAGAAAUAAGUUUUCUCAUCAGUAUUUACUUGUGCAUUAACAUUUUUAUUGUCCUAAAUUUAAGGGGAGGAGAUGUAUCAUGAAUCACUUCUAUGUAGGACAGUCUUGGGGAACAGAUCUUUCCAUCUUGUAAAAUCUGAAUGUCCUGUGUAAAUAUGUUGAUAUGAAAUGUGUGUUUUGCUAUCUCUCUUCUGAAAUGUACAUUUCUAUACAUUAUAUGCAACAAGCAGCAUCAUCCUCAUUCUUUACUUUGCAGAGAGUGAAAAUGUCAAAAGUUACAUGUGAAUUAAUGACACUCACUGAAGCAUAUGCCUAUUAGAAAAUGCAAACAUGGUAUGUCUUGAGUAUCUUAAGCUUGAAAUUUUUAAAUGCAAAGAAAAAUUUGGCACAUAAUUUAUUGCUUUUUAUGCAUUCCACAUACCAUAAUGACUUAAUAAAAAGCCUUUUACAGAUAUACUGUGUAAUGCACAUUUCAUAUCAAACCUAGAGAAUUAACUUAUAAUGGUUAUUUUUACUGUAUUGGUAAAAAAGGUUGUUGAUAAAGCAGUUCUACUGGAGAAAAAUAAAAGUAGAGCUCAACAUUUUUGUUCUACUACCGAUCUUCAGAAACAGCCCAUACCAAUGUUUGCCCUUCACUUUUGUAUAGUCUCUACCAAAAAAAAAAAAAAAGCAACUUUUGACAUGUCCACCACACCUUGUCCCAUUCAAGUUACAUGAACAAAAAUGUGACUUGCUUGCCCAGAUGUUUCACACACUUACUUUGUC